AUGGUUUGGUCACCUCCCGUCGCACCGUCGUCUGCCAAAGACAAGUCUAGCUUCGCAUACGAGUCGACCGUCCAUCGAUGGCCCGCCAUCUUGACCCAGGUCAUCGAUGGUAUCUACAGCGCCAAUCAUGCGCUGGCCUACUCCCGUACCAACCAGACUGCCAAGAUCGAGGAGGGAAAGCAGAUCAUCGAACAGGUCGCAGCGCUCAAGCAUGACAUGAGCCGGGACCGUCCUCUCGAGGCCAUCGGGGUCGUCUCGAGCAAGGACGCCGACGAAGGUCCCUCGACCGAGCUCUUCGAUUCGACCAUCGAGAAGGAAAAGUGGACCUGGUUCUCAGCGCCAUGGCUCUUCGCCGAAUGCUACCUGUACCGUCUGUUGAGGACCUUCUUCGGGCGCAGCGAGCACUGGAAGCAGUACGACCCCUUCUCCAAGACUAAGCUCGACACCUUCAAGAGCUCCGGUACUGCCAUCAGCGCCCUUGCUGUCACCAUCGAGGAUCUUGUCGCCAAGUCGCUUUCGUCCCAGCAAGGACCCGAGUCGACUCCCGAAGGCCGUGAGAUUCUGUUCCACGAGAUGGCGCAAAUGUCGCUGUGGGGCAACGCCACCGAUCUCAGUCUGCUCACCAACCUCUCGUACUCGGAUCUGCAAGCUCUUCAAACUACUGGCCGCGAGCAGCAGGAAGCUCGCAGCAAGUUCAUCCUGGCCAACGACCUCGACCAGGCUUGGCAGAAGAUCUCGUCGCUCAAGGAUGGACGGGUCGACAUUGUGCUGGACAAUGCAGGCUUCGAGCUGAUCACGGACAUGAUCUUUGCCGACUGGUUGCUGACCACGCCUCACGUGGCUGAGGUAGUCUUCCAUCCCAAGAACAUGCCCUGGUUCGUGUCGGAUGUGACACCGCCUGACUUCCGACACACGAUUGAGUCGUUGCUCGAGCCCAGCUUCUUUGCGCGACGGGACGAGUCUGGACAGGAUCGUCACCGCAGCGUGAGCCGUAGUCGGGACCUGCAGGCCGACCCUAGCAAGUACUCGUUCAACGCUUCGGGUGGACAGGAGAUGCCUCGAUCUGGUUCGCGCUCGCUACAGAUGGCUGACAGCAGUGAUCGUGGCCGCUCGCCUCAUCCUCCAGGAAGCAAGAACUUGCAGGCCAGGGAUGGCAGCGUCGACUCGACUGGACGAGGACGCGCUCCUGCGGGCAGCCGCAACUUCCAGAUGGACCCUGCUUACUUCCGCAACGCUCGCAGUCAGACCAUCUCUCCGUCUCGAUCGUACGUCAUGGACAGCGCGCGCUUCUCUUCGCUCUCGAUUCACGAUGAGGAAGGUGGCGACGACGAGCGCGACGGCCGAGGUCGUUCCACCACGGUCAAGGACGAGACGCCGUCAUCGCAGACGCCUGUGCAAGCCAUGGUGAGGAGGUGGAUGAAGCACAUGGAAAGCGGCCGCUUCAAGCUCUCUGUCCCACUCGACACUCUUCUCGGCGCUGAUACUGGCUCUGCUAACGGCUUCUGGACUCAGCCCGUGUCGUACGCCAACAUGGCCACCUACUCGCCUGAGCUGCACCAAGAGCUCGCCAGCAAGAGCGACCUAGUCAUCUUCAAAGGUGAUCUCAACUACCGCAAGCUCACGUCGGACGCUACAUGGAAGUCGGACACGAGCUUCAAGGAGGCUCUGGGACCGCUUGCUGGUACGAUCGAGAUCUUGGCGCUGAGGACCAACAAGGCUGAUGUGUGCGUGGGACUCAAGCCGGGACAGGAGGCGGAGGUGGAGAAGGAGGAUCCCAAGUGGCGAGUGGAUGGUAAGUGGGCUGUGGUGCAGUACUGUCCCAAGACCAAGUAG